AUGGCAAGCAAGUACACCUUGAAGAUUAAGAACCAUCUGGGGAUCAAUCAGAAUGAUAAGACGCGCCCAUCUUACACGAAAAGCACUGAAACCGAGGGGUGGCACCUGGUGGUGACCGAAGAUCUGGGACGCCUGAGGUGGAUCUAUGUGAAUGACAAGGAGGAUCGCAAGGCUCGACCGCAAGAUGCGACAACCAAGUUCUUCUUGGACCUUUCAAUAGGCAUUCCCGACUCCGGCCCACCCAAGUCAGCUGCUGAAGCCAUCUAUAAGGGUACCCGGUUUCAAGCCAAUACACAGAUCCGCGAUCUGGGCUGCUGGGGCGCUGACUUGAGCUGUAUCUUCUUUGUGACGCCAAUGAUGGUUAUCGCCUGGUAUAUCACUGGCGCUGAAAUCGAUGAAGCCUACGUUAUUGAAUUGAUCCAGUUCAUGUUCGACUGCCAACGGACAGACGGCGGCUGGCAACCGGUCUAUCUCCCAUGCUGGGCCAAGUUCUGGCUUGCGCUGCUGGGUCUGUAUGACUGGGAAGGUACUGACCCUUACCCGGUGGAGAUGUGGCUCCUCCCUGAGUGGCUUCCAGUCAGCCCAUGGCAAUGGUUCAUCAUCCCCCGCCACGUCUAUCUAGCGAUGUGCUUUUUCUCCUCUAAGAGAUUUACCGUCCCGACUAAUGAUGUUUUGGAUGAAAUUCGGGCAGAGCUGUUUCCAGAUGACUUCUCCUCCGUCAAUUUCUCCGCGUUCGAAGGGGUGGUGCUCGCGUCCAAGCGACAUCAGGCUAAAGGCUGGGUGCUGCAGACUCUGAACUGGACCCUCAAGGCUCAUGCCGAAAGGGCCACCACCUCGACCGGGAUUGUCAGUCUCGACGGUUGGCUGAACAUGAUUGCUUUCUACUGUGCCGAGGGUCCUGACUCCCCUGCCCUUAAGCGUAUGCAAGAAACGAGUCUGGAGUACCUGUGGAUGGGUUCUUCGGGCAUGCAGACCAUGAGUAUUCACGGGGGACACAUGUGGGACACGUCCUUUGCGCUGCAGUCACUCGUGUAUACGGGCCUUGCGAAUCAUCCCGAUUUCCACGGAAAUGCCCGCCAUGCCUAUGAGUUCCUGAUCAAGCAACAGCUUGUGGAAGAGUGGGAGGAUUGUCCCUCUUGUCAUUAUCCAAGUCGGCUGGGCGCGUGGUCCUUUACCGCCCGCUACCAUGGGAUCCCUUGUUCUGAUUGCACAGCCGAAGCACUGAAAGCGAUUCUGCUGUUGGAGAAGGAGACGAGUCUCCGAGAAAUGAGUGAGAAGAACCUUCAUUUGGCUGUGGACCAAUUACUAUAUAUCCAAAAUGCAAGCGGAGGCUAUAGCAGCUUCGAACCCAUCGGCGCCGGUGAGUGGCUGGAGCACCUCAAUGGGACUGAAAUGUUCGGCCAGGUGAUGACGGAACACGAUUACGUGGAGUGUACCUCUUCCUGCAUCACGGCUUUGGACCUUUUCAGGGAUCGAAAGAGCGGGUAUCGGUCCAAGGAAGUGGAUGAUGCCAUUGAGCGGGGGGUACAAUACGUGGAGAGGAGCCAGAAGGAAGAUGGUAGCUGGAUGGCUUCUUGGGGGAUCACGUUCACGUAUGGCGCUUUCUUUGCCAUGGAAGCCUUGCACUGUGGUGGACGGAGCUAUAAGAACUCUCCCGUGGUCAGAGAGGGCUGUCGUUUCCUGUUUGACAUGCAGGAGUCGGACGGGGGGUCCCGUAUGUCGGGUUCAUACGUACGAGCCCUUCGGUCGCACACAGUCCAGACAGCAUGGUCUUGCCUCGCGCUGAUGUACGCCGGCUACCCUGAUCCAGAACCCAUCAAACGAGGACUUGAUCUCAUCUGGAAUCGACAAAAGCCAAACGGUGAAUGGGAACAAGAAUACUCCGUCGGCUGUGGGAUUGUUACGUGUCAUAUUAAAUACUACUACUACAUCUACUCUUUCCCGCUUCGAGCACUAGCAAUGUAUGAGAAGAUAUAUGGGGAGGGCUUGCCAUGGUAG